AUGGAAAUAUCGGAGCAUAGCAUGAGCAUUUUUUAUGCCUGCAAACUGCUGGCACUCGCUCCUUACACGGCUUGUACUGGCCCUAAAGGCAUAUUGGAAAUAAGACGCAGCCGCCUCUUCAGCAUUUAUUCAGGAUUUCUGAGUUCAGUUAUGGUUUUUUUAACAUAUAUGGGCCUGCACUACGAUGCCAACUCAAAGGUACCUGUGCGAAUGAAGUCGCCAACAUCAAAAGUUGUCACGGUCUUCGAUGUUUCCGUUGUGGUUCUGGCAAUAGCUACCGGCGUUUACUGCGGCCUAGUUGGGUUAAAAUCCACCCAAGAGUUGAAUAAGCGUCUGCGAAAGAUCGACAACAGCCUGGGCGCCUAUUCGAAUCUGAAACGUGAUCGUUGGCGAGCUCUGAUCAUGCUAAUCACAUCUCUCGGGAUUAUUACGCUGCUACUGGGCCUGGAUAUAUGCACAUGGGUGCGUUUGGCCGCUGAAAUGAGGGUCGAUGACUAUGAUACAGAAGUGAACGUUCAUUGGUAUAUACCCUUCUAUGGCAUGUACCUCAUAUUAACGGGCUUGCACAUAAACUUUGCCAACACCGUCUAUGGAAUAGGCAGGCGCUACAGACGCUUGAAUAUUCGACUAAAAAACAACUUCCUGGUAGGCAAGUAUGCAUAAUUAUACUUAAAUCAACCACCAAAGAAAUUUAGAGUGCAAACAGUUAGCUUUAACCCGGAAAUGCGAGCUCCGCUUUCCAUGCCUUCUUCCCUCUCGAAACUACAAAUUGAAAUAUUGCCUGGAGAAACGGCUGCAAAAAAUAAAAGGCUGAUCAUUAAGACAUUGGCCGAAAAUCAUGACUCGCUAUGCAGAUGCGUUCUAUUGGUCUCCAAUACGUACGGAAUUGUGGUGCUAUUCAUAUUAGUCUCGUGUCUCCUCCACCUGGUGGCUACGGCAUAUUUCCUUUUCCUGGAACUGCUCAGUAUGAAAAAUAAGGGCUAUCUUUGGGUGCAGGUCCUUUGGAUAAUCUUUCAUUUUUCGCGCUUGCUCAUGGUAGUGGAGCCAUGUCAUCUGUCCGCCCGAGAAUCUCGUAAAACCAUUCAAAUUGUGUCCGAAAUCGAGCGAAAGGUGUCUGAAUCCAUUCUGGCCGAUGAGGUUAGAAAGUUUUGGCAGCAAUUGCUGGUGGUUGAUGCUGACUUCUCAGCUAAGGGUUUAUGCAGAAUUGAUCGCACUAUUCUAACAUCCUUUGCGUCUGCAAUAGCCACAUACUUGGUCAUACUCAUACAAUUGCAACAAACGAAUGGAUAA